AUGGACAUAGGCAAGGAGGGGAUCGACCAAGAGCUCUUUAACGAAUCCCAGAACCACAUCGAUAAUGUUGUAAUGGUUUCUAAUGAUAUGAUUACGGGUCCAGUUAAAGGCGGCCCUGGUGAUCUCCAAAACAGUCAAAGAAAUGGGAAUACACUGGAACACCACGGGAAAGGAGGAGAAAACGUGUUUGCAAUGCUCCACGCUGCUCCGAGAACAGACUCAAAUAAAAGAGUUGAUGUUCUGCCGACAUAG